ACACUCGCCACCACCAUUCUCUCCUCUCUCUAUAAAACCACCCUCCGCCGGGGCGUGUGCUUCACUCUUUAUCCACACACCGCCACCAGCAGCGCAUCUCCUCUCAAACACCGGCUUCUCUACUCUUCUCUCUCCAAGUUCUUAUCUACCAGAAAGAAAGCCAUCACGAUGGUCGACGCCGCCACUGCCGAGAAACUGGACGCCGCGUUCAAGAAGCUCCAGGGGACCGAGUCCAAGUCCCUCCUGAAGAAGUAUCUCACCCCAGAGAUCUUCGAUAAGCUCAAGGGCUUGAAGACCGCCUUGGGGGCGACCCUUCUAGAUGUCAUUCAGUCGGGAGUUGAGAACCCCGACUCCGGCGUGGGAAUCUACGCCCCCGACGCCGAGUCCUACACGACCUUCGCCGACCUAUUCGACCCCAUCAUCGACGACUACCACAAGGGCUUCAAGAAAACCGACCUCCAACCCAAGUGCGACUUUGGAGACCUCAACUCUUUCGUGAAUGUGGAUCCCGACAACGCUUUCGUCGUGUCCACCCGGGUUCGGUGCGGGAGGAGCAUCCAGGGCUAUCCCUUCAAUCCCUGCUUGAAUGAGGAUCAGUACAAGGAGAUGGAGGGGAAGGUCAAGGGCAUCUUUGAGAAGUUGGGCGGGGAGUUGAAGGGCACCUACUACCCACUAACAGGAAUGACGAAGGAGGUGCAGCAGAAGCUCAUUGACGACCACUUCCUGUUCAAGGAGGGGGAUCGCUUCCUCCAGGCUGCCAAUGCUUGCAGAUACUGGCCUUCCGGCAGAGGGAUCUACCACAACGACGCCAAGUCCUUCCUGGUCUGGGUGAACGAGGAGGACCACCUUCGUAUUAUUUCCAUGCAGCAGGGCGGCGACCUCGGCGGCGUCUACAAACGCAUGGUCGCCGGCGCCAACGAGAUCGAAAAGGCCGGGUCUUUCUCAAGGAAUGACCGCUUUGGGUUCCUCACUUUCUGCCCCACCAAUUUGGGAACCACCAUCCGGGCCUCGGUCCACAUUAAGCUGCCCAAACUAGCGGCGGAUAAGGCUAAACUGGAUGCCACGGCGGCCAAAUAUAAUUUGCAGGUCCGUGGAACCUCGGGCGAGCACACCGAGUCGAUCGGGGGCGUGUACGACAUUUCGAACAAGCGUCGGCUGGGGUUGACGGAGGGCGAGGCCGUGAAGGAGAUGCAGGACGGCAUCCUCGAACUCAUCAAGAUUGAAAAGUCACUCUAAAUAUAUGAGAGAAAUGGUGGAGCGUGUUUGUGUGGUUGCCAUGGUGAUUGUGUAAUCUCAGUAAUAUGUUAAAAACAAAAGAGUCAAAAAUAAUUAAAUAAAUUGUAAUUUGGUUUGGAUA